AUGGAGAGGUCUCAGCUACAAACAGAUGUUACGAAACAAGUAACAACAAUAACCACAUCUGUACCAUCAGUCACUACUAAAAAGUCGUCUCGUACUAAAACUUUCUCCACUUCUCAAUCUUCUGCAAAUCAAUUAUUAUCUCCAACUGGCCUAGCAUCAUUAAUCAGUUUUAUCGUUUUAACAUGUGCUUACAUAUCCGGUUUCAUGUCACGGCUUUUCUCUGUCAUCCGUUUUGAAUCGAUAAUUCAUGAAUUUGAUCCAUGGUUCAAUUAUCGUGCUACCCAUUAUAUGGUUGAAAAUGGAUUUUAUAAUUUUUUAAAUUGGUUUGACGAACGAGCAUGGUAUCCUCUAGGAAGAAUUGUCGGUGGAACAGUCUAUCCAGGUCUCAUGGUUACAAGCGGUGUAAUACAUUGGUUAUUGCAUAUGAUUAAUAUUCCAAUACAUAUUCGAGAAAUAUGUGUAUUUUUAGCACCAUUUUUCAGUGGACUCACAGCAUUAGCCACAUAUUUAUUAACAAAAGAAUUAUGGUCGAAAUCAGCCGGAUUAUUUGCAGCUGCUUUCAUUGCUGUUGCGCCAGGUUAUAGUUCACGAUCAGUAGCUGGUUCAUAUGAUAAUGAAGGCAUAGCCAUAUUUGCUCUCAUGUUUACCUAUUUUUUGUGGAUAAAAUCAGUGAAAACGGGGAGCAUCUUUUGGUCAUGUUUUACGGCAAUAUCCUAUUUUUAUAUGGUAUCUGCAUGGGGUGGUUAUGUAUUUAUUAUCAACUUGAUACCAGUACACGCGUUUAUGUUAAUUGUUCUUAAACGUUAUUCAUUACGUUUAUACGUUUCAUAUUCAAUAUUUUUUAUUAUUGGUCUUAUUUUAUCUAUGCAAAUACCAUUUGUUGGAUUUCAACCAGUGAGAACAUCUGAACAUAUGUUAGCUGCUGGCGUUUUUGCAUUGAUACAAGCCUAUGGAUUCAUUGAUUAUUUAUAUACAAAAUUACCACGUGCAAACGAUUUAAAACAAUUAUUUUUCGGCCUUAUUCUAGCUGUUGGCGCACUAGUAUUUUCCGUUGUUGUUAUCUUAACUUACACAGGGUAUAUCGCACCAUGGAGUGGUCGAUUUUAUUCAUUGUGGGAUACAAAUUAUGCUAAAAUACAUAUUCCAAUUAUAGCCAGUGUUAGUGAACAUCAACCAACAACUUGGGCAUCAUUUUUCUUUGAUUUACAUUUAUUAAUAUGUUUAUUUCCUGUCGGAGCGUGGUUCUGUAUUAAAGAAUUAAAUGAUGAACGAGUAUUUAUUGUUCUCUAUGCCGUAUUUGCAUCCUAUUUUGCCGGUGUCAUGAUUCGUUUAAUGUUAACACUUACACCAUGUGUCUGUGUAUUAGCUGCCAUUGCAUUGUCAAAAACAUUGGAUUAUUAUGCCGACGCGGACUCAAAUGAGAAUGAUACUCCUGCUGUGACAUCAGCCGAUGAUGGUAAUGACACAAGUGAAAGCGAGGAAGAUGCUAAUAAUGUUGAAAUAACAACUCGACAGUUAUAUGAUAAAGCGGGAAAACAAAAAACAUCGUCAGUUACAACAGGCAAUAGACAUCAUCGUCAACAAUUACUAACAGCAACAACUGGUGCAACUGCAACAGAUACGGCUGAUGAUACAAAUAUUAUUGGAUCUAACAUAAAGACAAUCGUCGUUAUAUGUAUAGCAAUGAUGCUUAUGCUAUUGGCUGUUCAUUGUACAUGGGUAACUUCAAAUGCUUAUUCAUCACCGUCAAUUGUACUGGCAAGUUAUAAUCAAGAUGGCUCAAGGUAUAUUAUAGCUUAUUAUUGGUUACGUAAAAAUACACCGGAUCGUUCUCGUGUAAUGUCCUGGUGGGAUUAUGGUUAUCAAAUAGCUGGUAUGGGCAAUCGUACGACAUUAGUUGAUAAUAAUACAUGGAAUAAUAGUCAUAUUGCAUUAGUUGGUAAAGCUAUGUCAUCGAAUGAAACGGAGGCAUAUAAAAUUAUGCGCAUGUUAGACGUUGAUUAUGUUUUGGUGAUAUUUGGUGGUGUGAUUGGAUAUUCGGGAGAUGAUAUCAAUAAAUUUUUAUGGAUGGUACGAAUUGCUGAAGGUGAACAUCCAAAAGAUAUUCGUGAAAAGGAUUAUUUCACAGAAAAUGAUGAAUUUCGUGUGGAUUCAGCUGGUUCACCAAUAUUAUUAAAUUGUCUAAUGUAUAAACUAUGUUAUUAUCGAUUUGGUGAAUUACAAUCGGAUUUUCGAACACCACCUGGUUUCGAUCGUACACGUCACGCUGAAAUUGGAAAUAAAAAUUUUGAUUUAGAACAUGUUGAAGAAGCGUACACUACCGAACAUUGGAUUGUGCGCAUUUAUAAAGUAAAAAAUUUAAAAAAUCGUUUACAAGCUAAAAAUGCAUUGAGACAAGUAUUACGACGAAAAUCAAUAUAUUCACAAAAAAGUAGUAAAUCGACACAGCGUAAAACAGGUGUCAUUUUGAAUAAACCACAAAUAAAAAAAGGACAAGUGAAAGCAAAAUCAAUUAAAACGUAA